CGAAAACACCCGAGUGCGAAGCAGCCACUUUCCGGAAUAUCCGGGUGCUGUGGCUUCAACAUAAACAGCAAUGGCGGAGGCAGCGGCGGCGUCAACAGCGGCUCCAGCAGUUAUCGGAGGCUGGACCAAGCACGUAACCUGCAGGUAUUUCAUGCACGGGCUUUGCAAAGAGGGCGACAACUGUCGGUAUUUACACGACCUCACCAGCUGCAAGCCAACCAUGGUCUGCAAGUUCUUCCAAAAAGGAUGCUGUGCUUUUGGGGACCGUUGUAGGUAUGAACAUACCAAGCCUGCAAAGCAAGACGAAGCCCCUAGUUCUAAGCCGUCGGUGCCGCUGUCCGCUGCUCCCCUUGCUGGCACUCCCGAUCCGGCGUCUGAUGGGCCGGAGGGCACGACCGGCACCCAGGAGAAGCCCCAUAGCUCAGGGGCAGUGGACUGGGUCAAUGCUGCCGAGUUUGUGCCAGGGCAGCCCUACUGCGGGAGGGCUGAGGGGUCUGGCCCUCUCAUCGAAGAAGAGUAUGAGAAAGACCAAACUAACAAAGAACUGAAGAAACAACUUUGCCCGUAUGCCGCAGUCGGCGAGUGUCGCUACGGUCUUAACUGCGCGUAUCUUCAUGGUGACGUUUGCGACAUGUGCGGCCUACAGGUGCUCCACCCAUCUGACUCCUCUCAGCGCUCACAACACAUCAGGGCCUGCAUUGAAGCUCACGAGAAGGACAUGGAGAUCUCGUUUGCCAUCCAGCGCAGUAAGGACAUGAUGUGUGGCGUGUGCAUGGAGGUGGUGUUCGAGAAAACCAACCCGAGCGAACGCCGCUUCGGAAUCCUGUCCAACUGCAGCCACUGUUACUGCCUGAAGUGCAUCAGGAAAUGGAGGAGCGCCAAACAGUUUGAGAGCAAAAUCAUAAAGUCCUGCCCAGAGUGUCGAAUCACAUCCAACUUUGUCAUACCAAGCGAAUACUGGGUAGAGGACAAGGAGGAGAAGCAGCAACUCAUUAAGAAGUACAAGGAUGGCAUGGGGACUAAACCAUGCCGAUAUUUUGAUGAAGGCCGCGGGACCUGUCCAUUUGGAGCCAAUUGCUUUUACAAGCACGCGUUUCCCGAUGGCCGUCUGGAGGAGCCUCAACCCCAGAGGAGACAAACCGGCUCUAACGGAAGAAACCGGGUCUGUAUUGAGCCAUUAAUGGACACGAUCUCGGCUCUGCAUUGCAGAACUCCAGGCGAACGCCGCUGUGGGAUCUUUUCGACGAGCGGGAGAACAGCGACUCCUUCGACAACGAGGACGAGGAGAUGGUGACGUUUGAGCUCAGCGAGAUGCUCCUCAUGCUCCUGGCGGCCGGCACCGACGACGAAGCCACCGACUCCGAAGAUGAGUGGGAUAUGUUCCACGAAGAGCUGGACGAUUACUACGAGCUUUACCUAUAGCAUCCUUCCCGAAGUCUCUCCUAGAUUAACCCCGUGCCCUCUUUACUCUUUCUAUCCCUGUUAGAAACUAGACAGGACUCUGAUGGGCAGUAGUGUCUUUUCCCCCCCGUGUUGUGGCAGUGCCUUUCAGCAGGCCGUUAAAAAAACGACAAAUUCAUUAUAAAGUCGAUAAAUGAAUAUAAAAACACAAGUCAAAAGACAUGCAGAUAGCUCUUCUUUUCUAGAAAGCCUUCUCCAUCCUGUAAGACCACGUCCAUGUCUGGUUAACGUACAAGAAAAAGUAUAAAGAGCAAAACAAAAGUAAUUUAAAAAAGGACACUAAGUUAUAUAUAAAUAUAUAUAUGAUCAGAAAGAUAUAGCUAAUAAACCUUACGCUUACUAAGUGUGGGUUUCACAUCUUUAUCAUUGACUGUGAGGAUACAGCAACUGUGUUUGGCUUCACUAACUGGUGGCUGUUAAUGUUUCUGAUAUUUUAAAAAUAUCUCUCUUCUCAUGCACUGAUUUUGACUGGGUGGUGGUGGUGGUGGUGAGCUUCUGUGAUGUCACAACGCACUCGAAAACGUUCACGCGGGCGACUCGUAACAUUGAACAUUUACCCUUAAUGUAUCGCCCUUAUCCACCGAGUUGUUUUGUACCCAUUUAGCCGUACCUGAUUAGCUGUGGUAAUCGAUGGACAGUCCCACCCAAGAACUGAGUGCACCAAUACUACCCGAAAGCAAACUUGAAUGCAUUCAUGAAGCUGAAUGUUUCGUCAGUUUAACUGUCUAUUAAUUGUAAAGAAACCUGUUUCGCUUCAGUGAGUAUUGCAUAUUAAGCUCAUUUGGCAGUAGUCAAACCACAAACACCCAAUUGUUAUUCGGUUCUUGUCGAACUUGGUCGAUAUGCAUAUGUUUAUACAGAAAUGUGCUUGUUUUCUAUGGUUCAGAACCAUCCAAUGUAACUUGAAAUUAAAGUUUAUUAUCAAAUGAG